AUGAACAAUACAAUGAACAAUACUUGCGACAUCUCUACAUUCCCCUAUCCACACCUACCCGGCGCAUCAUUCCUCCAUGGAACGGCGGUACCCGUAGUAAACUACACAACCACCACUCCUGAAGCAAACUCGCAUCUCGCCACAAUCACUUCACUUGACUUUUGUAAUGUAACACUUACAUAUACACAUCCGGGUCAAAACGACAGCAUCAACGUAAAAAUAUUCCUACCCUCUUCCUCAACCUGGAACGGACGAUUUCUAGGAACAGGCGGCGGGUCAAUGGCCACCGGAGGUUUCGACUCCGCUAUUGCCAUUGCCGUAUCCGAAGGAUAUGCCGCCGCUGGCACAGAUGGCGGGCAUACUGAAGACGAAGGCAUGGAUUCCUCUGUAAUGUCUGACUGGGCUGUUAUAUCCCCCGGAAACGUAAAUCUGUAUCUCCUCCAAGAUUUCGCUUCCGUAUCCUUGAAUGAUAUGGCGAUCGUUGGAAAAGCCAUCACCGCUUCGUAUUAUGGAAAGGAACCGGAUUAUUCAUAUUGGAAUGGAUGUUCGCAAGGAGGAAGACAGGGUAUGAUGAUGGCGCAGAGAUAUCCUGAGGCAUUCAAUGGUAUAUUGGCUGGGGCGCCUGCAAUCAAUUGGUCUCAGCUUAUGGUAGCGGACUAUUGGCCUCCGUUUGUUAUGCACAUGUUGGGUAUAUAUCCGAGUGUAUGCGAACUGGACGGGAUUACUGCUGCGGCAAUCGCGGCUUGUGAUGGGCUGGAUGGAGUUAUAGAUGGGAUAGUGAGUGCGCCGGGUCUAUGCACUUUCCAAGCAAACGAAACGAUCGGAAGGAACGUGACUUGUGCAGAUGAAAGCUCCGUGUAUAUUUCCGACGGAGCUGCGAAAAUUGCGCAAGCGGCGUGGGAUGGCCCGACGUCAGAUGAUGGGUCGUUCCUUUGGUAUGGUUUGAAUCCUUCCAGUCCGCUCAGUAUUCCGUUCAGUAUCGGUAUCGCCAUGACAACUUGUACAUCGCCCAAUACCAAUUGUACAGCGACUCCCUUUCCUCUCUCUUCGGAUUGGAUUACUCUGUUCGUUCUCAAAAACGCUAGUUUUCCCCUGGAAAAUAUCACGCACAAGGAAUACACCCGCAUAUUCCAUUCCUCAAUCCAGGAAUUCGCAUCGAUAAUCGGAACUUCCGACACGGAUCUAAGCGCAUACAAAGAAACAGGGGGAAAAAUCAUCAGUUGGCAUGGAUUAGCAGAUCAUGUAAUCUCCUCAAAUGGCACGUUAGACUAUUAUAGCAAAGUACAGGAAAGAGAUGCGAAUGUGAGGGAUUUUUAUAGAUUCUUUGAGGCGCCGGGCGUACAGCAUUGUGGGGAUGGAAAUGGACCGUUUCCGGAGGCUGCAUUGGGAGCUUUGGUAUCGUGGGUAGAGAAGGGGAUUGCACCAAAUGUUUUGGCGGCGAAAAGCUUGCCGGGAGUGGAUGGGAGUGUGGUGGAGAGAAAUUUGUGCGUUUGGCCGUUGGUGGCAGCUUAUUUGGGAGGGGAUCCUAUGGUUGCGAGUUCGUUUGAGUGUAGAGAGUCGUUUUGA